CUCUGACCAGGGCCCAUAGUGCUCUAUGUCUGACCAGGGCCCAUAGUGCUCUACCUCUACCUUGUGUAGUACAGGGUCUUGUGGUUGUGGUGUCCUCCUGUAGUAUUGUGUAGUACAGGGCCUUGUGGUUGUGGUGUCCUCCUGUAGUAUUGUGUAGUACAGAGCUUUGUGGUUGUGGUGUCCUCCUGUAGUAUUGUGUAGUACAGAGCUUUGUGGUUGUGGUGUCCUCCUGUAGUAUUGUGUAGUACAGGGCCUUGUGGUUGUGGUGUCCUCCUGUAGUAACGUGUAGUACAGGGCCUUGUGGUUGUGGUGUCCUCCUGUAGUAACGUGUAGUACAGGGCCUUGUGGUUGUGGUGUCCUCCUGUAGUAAUGUGUAGUACAGGGCCUUGUGGUUGUGGUGUCCUCCUGUAGUAAUGUGUAGUACAGGGCCUUGUGGUUGUGGUGUCCUCCUGUAGUAUAGUGUAGUACAGGGCCUUGUGGUUGUGGUGUCCUCCUGUAGUAUUGUGUAGUACAGGGCCUUGUGGUUUCCUGCUGUGUUGAUAGGAGUCUAGGAGUCUCCUUAGGCUCCUCACUGACAGGACUGUGACAUGUACAGUAUGGAACACACUGCAGACAUAGAUACUCUGUACACACACACUCGCAUACAGAGGUACAGCAAUCCUGCGCACGCACACACACACACACACCACACACACACACACACACACAGCUCUUCAAGGGUUUGGCUGCGUAAUGAGUUUCAGUUGAUUUCUCAACAGUGACCGCAUCCGUUGAUGUAUUGUUUACCCUUAAGGCUAACCACACACACACACACACACACACACAGUGCUUGAGGGUUGAUUACACAAGUAUAUCUCUGUGAAAUACUACAGGCCGCUGCCGUAUUUACUGUUCAUGGGGCAACAAUCACUCCCAAAUAUUUCUGAUAUCAGGAAACACAUUUUAGUGCUGCUCUAAGACGAGAGAUAUUGACUAAAUAAUCACUUCCUCAAACACUGGUGCCACGAGUUGACAUCAGCUAACACCACAGCUAUGUACACACACACACACAGGAAUGUGCACGCAAACAUGGACACAGAACAUACACACACACAGGAACGCACUCAAAUACUCUGCUGUGUGACUCUGCUGAAAUGCAAUUUAAAGCAUGUUUGAGAUUAAAUUGACCCUGAAUAAUGUUUCCCCCAGCCUUACAUUCACAUAUGGGCCCUAGCAGGAAGUCAGCUCCAGGAUAGAUGGUCAACUCUGAGCAGUUGUGUCCCAAAUGGCACUCUCUUCCCUAUGUAGUGCACUACUUUUGACUGGCUUCCUGUCCAAAUGAGUGCAUUAAAUAGAUAGGGAAGGGGGUGCCAUAUGAGACACAGAUUUGUGUUCAUGAUAUGAAGAGGAAGCUAAUAAGGACUUAGGAAUGUUGCUAUGGCGACUAUAGCUUCAGCCCUAUAGCAGAAUGCAAUACAUAGAAUCCUUUGUUGGACGUGUAUGUUGCAGGUAGAGUUGAGGUUGGGAUCAGGGAGGUAGCUGUAGUAAUGUAUGGUGCAGGUAGAGUUGAGGUUGGGAUCAGGGAGGUAACUGUAGUAAUGUAUGUUGCAGGUAGAGUUGAGGUUGGGAUCAGGGAGGUAGCUGUAGUAAUGUAUGGUGCAGGUAGAGUUGAGGUUGGGAUCAGGGAGGUAGCUGUAGUAAUGUAUGGUGCAGGUAGAGUUGAGGUUGGGAUCAGGGAGGUAGCUGUAGUAAUGUAUGGUGCAGGUAGAGUUGAGGUUGGGAUCAGGGAGGAAGCUGUAGUAAUGUAUGGUGCAGGUAGAGUUGAGGUUGGGAUCAGGGAGGUAGCUGUAGUAAUGUAUGGUGCAGGUAGAGUUGAGGUUGGGAUCAGGGAGGUAGCUGUAGUAAUGUAUGGGGCAGGUAGAGUUGAGGUUGGGAUCAGGGAGGUAGCUGUAGUAAUGUAUGUUGCAUGUAGAGUUGAGGUUGGGAUCAGGGAGGUAGCUGUAGUAAUGUAUGGUGCAGGUAGAGUUGAGGUUGGGAUCAGGGAGGUAGCUGUAAUAAUGUAUGGGGCAGGUAGAGUUGAGGUUGGGAUCAGGGAGGUAGCUGUAGUAAUGUAUGGUGCAGGUAGAGUUGAGGUUGGGAUCAGGGAGGUAGCUGUAGUAAUGUAUGGUGCAGGUAGAGUUGAGGUUGGGAUCAGGGAGGUAGCUGUAGUAAUGUAUGGUGCAGGUAGAGUUGAGGUUGGGAUCAGGGAGGUAGCUGUAGUAAUGUAUGGUGCAGGUAGAGUUGAGGUUGGGAUCAGGGAGGUAGCUGUAGUAAUGUAUGGUGCAGGUAGAGUUGAGGUUGGGAUCAGGGAGGAAGCUGUAGUAAUGUAUGGUGCAGGUAGAGUUGAGGUUGGGAUCAGGGAGGUAGCUGUAGUAAUGUAUGGUGCAGGUAGAGUUGAGGUUGGGAUCAGGGAGGUAGCUGUAGUAAUGUAUGGUGCAGGUAGAGUUGAGGUUGGGAUCAGGGAGGUAACUGUAGUAAUGUAUGGGGCAGGUAGAGUUGAGGUUGGGAUCAGGGAGGUAGCUGUAGUAAUGUAUGGUGCAGGUAGAGUUGAGGUUGGGAUCAGGGAGGUAACUGUAGUAAUGUAUGGGGCAGGUAGAGUUGAGGUUGGGAUCAGGGAGGUAGCUGUAGUAAUGUAUGGUGCAGGUAGAGUUGAGGUUGGGAUCAGGGAGGUAGCUGUAGUAAUGUAUGGUGCAGGUAGAGUUGAGGUUGGGAUCAGGGAGGUAGCUGUAGUAAUGUAUUGUGCAUGUGUUGACAUCCAGGAGGUAGAGUUGAGGUUAGGAUCAGGGAGGUAGCUAUAGUAAUGUAUGGUGCAUGUAGAGUUGAGGUUGGGAUCAGGGAGGUAACUGUAGUAAUGUAUGGUGCAUGUGUUGAUGUCCAGGAGGUAGAGUUGAGGUUGGGAUCAGGGAGGUAGCUAUAGUAAUGUAUGGUGCAUGUGUUGAUGUCCAGGAGGUAGAGUUGAGGUUGGGAUCAGGGAGGUAGCUAUAGUAAUGUAUGGUGCAUGUGUUGAUGUCCAGGAGGUAGAGUUGAGGUUAGGAUCAGGGAGGUAGCUAUAGUAAUGUAUGGUGCAUGUGUUGAUGUCCAGGAGGUAGAGUUGAGGUUAGGAUCAGGGAGGUAGCUAUAGUAAUGUAUGGUGCAUGUGUUGAUGUCCAGGAGGUAGAGUUGAGGUUGGGAUCAGGGAGGUAGCUAUAGUAAUGUAUGGUGCAUGUGUUGAUGUCCAGGAGGUAGAGUUGAGGUUAGGAUCAGGGAGGUAACUGUAGUAAUGUAUGGUGCAGGUAGAGUUGAGGUUAGGAUCAGGGAGGUAGCUAUAGUAAUGUAUGGUGCAUGUGUUGAUGUCCAGGAGGUAGAGUUGAGGUUGGGAUCAGGGAGGUAGCUAUAGUAAUGUAUGGUGCAUGUGUUGAUGUCCAGGAGGUAGAGUUGAGGUUGGGAUCAGGGAGGUAGCUAUAGUAAUGUAUGGUGCAUGUGUUGAUGUCCAGGAGGUAGAGUUGAGGUUGGGAUCAGGGAGGUAGCAUGUUAAAAACAUUUAAUGAGCAAGCCUUCCUUCUUUUUGGAUAUUUUCACAGGUAUUGUUAACAAACACGCCCAGAUAAAGAAAAUGAGAAUUAAAAACAGGUUCGGCCCCUGGUUCGACCGUGAUCUGGAGUUAUUCCACCACAAUAAUUGCAUUUGGCGUAAGGCUCUGCACACACAUACUCAGGCUGACUGGUUCUUGUUCAGGCAAAUGAGAAAUAAGUGCACUCAGGCUAUCCGGAAGACCAAAGUUAAUUAC